GCCUCGGCGGGGCUCGGUACGGCUCGGCUCGGCUCGGCUCGGUUUGCAGCUCGGGUGGGGGUGGGCGGCUAGGGUGACAGCGGCGGUGGCAGAGGCUGCGGUGCGGGGCUGAGCCAGCGGCGAGCGCAGAGCCGGUAAGAGGAGGAAGUGAAGCGGCGGCCCAGAGCUCCGGAGUCCGCUGCCGGGGCAAGUCCGCCCAGAUUUGCAGAGUGAGCCGCGUCUGGACCUGGGCAGACUCUUCGCCGUGCUCUGGCCGCUGGCGCCCCGCCUGCCCUGCCCUGCCCUGCUGGUCCGAGCCCCGCAUUCCGCGCCUGGACUUUUCCAGCCCCGUGGUCCCGAGCUGCUGGGACAUUCGAGCCCCGGCCUUGAUUCGAAGCUCCGAGGCGGGACGCGUCCGGCCCCAUUAUACCGACCCAUCUCCGCCCAAGUGUCCUCCACCCCCGGCUCGGCGCAAGGUGGCUCGAGCUUUUGGACCUGAGUGUAGAGGAGCCGGGACGCCCACCGGCCUCCGGCUUCCAGAGAACCAAAUCUUCAGCUGCCUUGGACCGGACUGUUCCGGACUUGAAACUGUACUGGCGCCGCCAGGGUCCAGCGCACCGUGAGGGGUCCCAGGCUGGCAGGACAGUCAGUCUGAACCUCUGGGCUGGUGCUGUGAGCCGAAGCUGCCACCUUUCUCCGCCCUAGGCUAAGGACUUGGGCGCGCUUGCCCCCAAGGAGAGCACCGGGGCUGCUUCUGCCCCAUUCUCCAGCUAGCCGAGGUUGCAGGGAGGUAGCAUUACACCACUCUUCAUCUGCCGACAGGUGACAUCACUGGAGACUUGGGCCGUGGAGGAAGCAUACCGACCACAGCUUUUCGACUGAAGUGACAUCACCGGCUCUGUGGACAGGACACCCCUAGAGUGCAGCCCAUAGUCACCGAACCUUCUUCCAGCACCAGCCAGGGGCCUCCAUGGGCGCUUGAGGGCUGGGCACCAGGGCCGCAGGCACGAGCAUGGUGAGACACCAGCCCCUGCAGUACUACGAGCCCCAACUGUGCCUCUCAUGCCUCACGGGCAUCUAUGGCUGCCGCUGGAAGCGCUACCAACGCUCUCACGAUGACACAACGCCGUGGGAACGCCUGUGGUUCCUGCUACUUGUCUGCACCUUCAGCCUCACACUCACCUGGCUCUACUUCUGGUGGGAAGUCCACAAUGACUACGAUGAAUUCAACUGGUACCUCUACAACCGCAUGGGCUACUGGAGUGACUGGUCCGUGCCCAUCCUGGUGACUACAGCUGCUGCCUUCACCUACAUUGCAGGCCUCCUGGUCCUGGCACUAUGUCACAUCACUGUGGGGCAGCAAAUGAACCUGCACUGGAUACACAAGAUGGGGCUGGUGGUGAUCCUGGCUUCCACGGUGGUGGCCAUGUCAGCAGUGGCCCAGCUCUGGGAAGAUGAAUGGGAGGUGCUGCUGAUCUCCCUGCAGGGCACAGCACCAUUCCUGCACAUAGGGGCCCUGGUGGCCGUCACUGCCCUCUCCUGGAUCGUAGCAGGACAGUUCGCCCGUGCAGAGCGGUCCUCCUCUCAGGUCCCCGUUCUUUGUACCUUCUUCGCUGUGGUCUUCACCCUCUACCUGAUACCUCUCACCAUCUCCUCUCCCUGCAUCAUGGAGAAAAAGGACCUGGGCCCCAAACCUGCCCUUAUCGGCCACCGAGGGGCCCCCAUGCUGGCUCCAGAGCACACACUGAUGUCCUUCCGGAAGGCCCUGGAGCAGAAGCUGUAUGGGCUACAAGCUGACGUCACCAUCAGCCUGGACGGCGUGCCCUUCCUCAUGCAUGACACUACCCUGCGGAGGACCACCAAUGUGGAGCAGGUCUUCCCCGAGCUGGCCCGCAGGCCCGCUGCCAUGCUCAACUGGACCGCCCUGCAGAGGCUCAACGCCGGCCAAUGGUUCCUCAAGACUGACCCCUUCUGGACCGCCAGCUCCCUAUCACCCUCCGACUACAGGGAGGUCCAGAACCAGUCCAUCUGCAGCCUGGCCGAGCUCCUGGAGCUGGCCAAGGGCAACGCCACACUGCUGCUCAACCUCCGAGACCCGCCCCGUGAUCACCCGUACCGAGGCAGCUUCCUCAACAUCACGCUGGAGGCCGUGCUGCGCUCAGGCUUCCCGCAGCGCCAGGUCAUGUGGCUGCCUAACAGGCAGAGGCCUUUAGUACGGAAGAUGGCUCCAGGCUUCCAGCAAACAUCUGGGUCUAAAGAAGCCAUCGCCAGCCUACGCAGAGGGCACAUCCAGAGGCUGAACCUUCGCUACACUCAGGUGUCCGACCAGGAGCUCAGGGACUAUGCAUCCUGGAACCUGAGUGUCAACCUCUACACUGUCAAUGCGCCCUGGCUCUUCUCCCUGCUGUGGUGUGCCGGGGUCCCGUCCGUCACCUCUGACAACUCCCAUACUCUUUCUCGGGUGCCUUCUCCACUCUGGAUCAUGCCCCCAGACGAGUACUGCCUCAUGUGGGUCACCGCCGACCUGAUCUCCUUCAGCCUCAUCAUCGGCAUCUUCGUGCUCCAGAACUAUCACUUGAUCAGGUGGCGCCUAGGUGGCAUCCGCAGUUACAACCCAGAGCAGAUCAUGCUGAGUGCCGCAGUACGCCGGACCAGCCGGGAUGUCAGCAUCAUGAAGGAGAAGCUCAUCUUCUCAGAGAUCAGUGAUGGUGUGGAAGUCUCCGAUGAGCUCUCCAUGUGUUCAGACAGCAGUUAUGACACCUAUGCCAACAACACAGCCACCCCCACAGGCCCUCGAAGUGGUGGCAGCCGUGCCAAGACCCUCACAGAGCGGGGUGGGCAUUAGCUGAAGAUCUGUCUGCCCAGCUCGUGCCUGAGGUAGAAUCUAGAAGAGAGAGGAGCGGAAAGAAACUACCUGGAGUGCCUGGGAGCUGGCUCCACAGCCUACUUGUGUGUCCAGAGCUCCUCUGUCAGUUCUGCCUCUCUCGAGGGUGCCGCUCUUCUCUGAGGCUCAGCUGGACCAGGACUCCAGCCUCUCGUUGCCCCUGCAGGCCUGGGGCUUUUCAUCCAGGAAGUGAGGGCCUGGUCUCCUGGUCCACUCUCACAGCCAUCCUCGGCGUCCCAGCCUGGAAGGUUUGGUGAGUCACCGGGCCAUGCCGUGUGCCCCAUGAGAGCAGAGAACGUGGAUGCCUCCCUGUGCCCUCACCUGUCUAUUUAUCUCUCUGUGCUGUGGGAUGACUGACUGUGUUCCCAACCUGCCUUGAGGAUGAUGGCUGGGCCUCACCCCUGCCUGGCAGCUCUCCUCUCUACACCCAUCUCAAAGCACAAGGAACUUCAUCUCAGGAGGAGACAGGUUCCUCCCCACCAGCUUCCCUCUACCCCUGGCCUCUGUGUCCUGAGAAGCAGCUAGAGAUGGCCAGAAUCCCAAGCUCAGAGCUAUUCUGCCUCAUAUCCAGUUGUCCAACGGGCCUCUGGGGCAGAAAAAGCCUUGAGGACCAGGUAAUCAACAGACUGAUGUGACCUCAGGUUCCCGCCGCAGCAGCCACAGGGCAAUGGGCCACGUGGGCAAAGUGCCGAGGGUUCAGAUGCCUGCAGUAGAAGGAACCUAAUGGCAAGGACAAUUAAAGCUGCCAUCUUGA